AUGGAUCAUCGGAUGAUUGAGGAAUAUUACGAUCAUCAUGAAUUACCUUGUUGUAAUAGAAGAAAUUGGAUGAUUGUUUUUGUAAAAUUUAGAGGAAUUAUGUUACGAUAUGCUAGUGAAAAUUGUCGAGAUGAUUUUGAAAUUGUCAAGUUGGCUGUGAUGAAUUAUGGAAAUUCUCUUCGAUUUGCAUCAGUGAGAUUACAGGAUAAUGAUGAAAUUGUUUCUAUGGCUCUGCAUAAUUCUCCAAUUGCGUUGCAAUUUGCAUCAGCAAGAUUGAGAAGUGAUUUCACAAAUGUAAAAAAAGCCAUCUCAAAAUGUGGAAUAGCUAUUCAAUAUGCGUCUGAUAAUUUGAAGAAUGAUUUGGAGAUUGCCAAUGCAGCAUUUGAUAAUAAUCUCGUUUCCUUGAAAUAUUUACCCUUGACAGUUUUGAAUCAACUUGCUUUGAAAUUUGUUACAAAAAAUCGAAAAUGUUUACAAUAUUUCCCAUUUUCGUUGUUGAAUGAUUAUGAUUUCAUGAUGAAAGUAAUUCAGGCCGGAGGAAGUCUUUACUAUGCCUCAUCAGAAUUACAAAAUGAUUACAAGUUUGUUUUGGCAGCUGUCAGUAAGAAUGGUCUCUAUUUACAAUGUGCCUCAAUGGAGCUACAACGCAACUCAAAGAUUAUUAGUGCAGCACUGGCCCAAAAUAAGAGAGCUCUAGAUUAUCUUAAGAAAAAUAAAUACUACUGA